UGACGUCACGUCCGACAUCUUUAUGCUAGCGCUGCAGAUCGAGUAGGGUGACUCGAAGAGUCUACUUCGGAUUGUCGAAGUACCUGUUGGGUUUGUAACAGUAGACAUGGGACCAUUGCUUGGACAGCUCGUUGUUUUCGUCUUCUUCUCCUUUGCACAGCAGCAGUCUGUAUCUGCAGUGCCUGGAGAUGACAAGUUUGAGCCAAUGGUUGCAUUCAUUUGUGGAAAGCCUGCAAUGCACAGAGGAGUGAGUGGCUGGAUUGGGGAUGAGAAAAUGCUGGACUGUCUUGACGAGAAAACAGACAUUCUGAACUACUGCCGAAACAUGUACCCAAACCACAACAUCACCAAUGUUGUGGAGGCAGCAUACCUUGUUACAAUUCCUGGCUGGCCUUCACUGCAAGGAAAGGCUUUGCACUCACACAGACUCCGACCUUUUCGCUGCAUUGUUGGUCCCUUCCAGAGUGAUGCACUCCUUGUUCCUCAGCAUUGUGUCUUUGACCACCAGCAUGAUGAAAAGGUGUGCAAAGGCUUCAGCCAUUGGGAAGUGACCGCACAAGAUGCUUGCAGCAAGAAAGGAAUGCACUGCGAAAGUUUUGGAAUGCUGCUCAACUGUGGACUGGGUGUUUUCAGCGGUGUGGAGUAUGUCUGCUGCCCAGAUGCCACAUCAACGCGCGUUCAUCCACUUCCUUCAGCCAAAGAUUCGGAUGAGACCGAUAGUGAUGAAGACAAAGAUGAUGAUCCCACUGCUUCUGAUGAUGAUGAUGAUGAUGAUAUUUGGGAAAGUGAUGAAGAUGAGGAUGAUGAUGAUGAUGACGACGAUGAUGAUGAAAAAACUGUGGAUGAGGACAAAGUUAACCUGUAUGAGUUGUAUCAAGGAGAGCCAAUGCCUUCCCGGCUACAUAAUGAGCACCAGAAGUUUGUUGCAGCACGUCAGUACAUGCACAAACUCCAGGAAGCUAAAAACACCCAGUUAAUGAAGGAGUGGACUGCUGCACGAGACCACGUCAAUGAGGUGCGCAAGACAGAUGACAAAAUGGCAGACAAACUUAGCAAAGAGAUCACAGAGCGUUUCCAGCGACUGUAUAAUGCUUAUGAACAAGAAGACAUCGCUGAGAAACAGCAGAUCGUUGCUCUCCACCAACAACGUGUGCAGGCAGACCUCAAUCAGCGCAAACGCGUGGCCAUGGAUAAAUACAUGAGGUCUCUGGAGAGAGGAGACGUGUCACACAUUGCCAAGAACCUGCGGCAGUACAUCCGUGCAGAGGAAAAGGACAUCACUCAUACCGUUGACCAUUACAGCCACGUUCGACAGACCAACAGUGCCGAAGCCACCCGCAUCCACCCACAUGUCAUCAAGCACCUGCAGCUGUGCCAGCAGCGAAUGGAGCAAGCCUUAGAGAUGCUAGAGCGCUACCCAGAUAUUGAGAGGAAAGUGCGGCCGGAAAUUGAGGAGUUCAUGAAGAAGUUUGAAGACACAGCUUCUCGAAUUCGUAAUAUUGUGUUGCCUGACCCUGCUACUGCCAGUGUCCAGACAGACUCUACUUCUGAUAGUGAAGAAAACACUCCUAGCAGUGCUGCUGUGCAGCCCCAGAUGAUUGAUCAAAUUAAAGAGGAUGUGAGCAGUGAUGAGGAAAACGAUGAGGAGGAGGAGCAUGAAAAUGAGCACAGCUAUCUGCACCAGGACAACUUCAUGGCCCACCAGCAGGAGAGCAACGUACAGUUGCAGCAGGAUCUCCGUGUAGCUUCUGCUGCAACAAGCUCAUCACAGUUUGGCACAACUUUUGGCAUUGCCAUUGGUUCUGUUGCUGUCUUCAUCAUGCUGGUGGUUGCUGUGGUUAUGCUUCGACGUCGCUCCAGCCCUCGCACUAGUGUCACUCACGGCUAUGUGGAAGUGGACCCAGCUGCUUCACCUGAGGAAAGGCAUGUGGCCAACAUGCAGAUGAACGGCUAUGAAAAUCCAACAUACCGCUAUUUUGAGGUCCAUUCUCAACAGUAAAAUACCAGCCUCACAGUCAUCAAGUAAAAUAAACUCCAUUGGUUGGUGACACACAUGAAAAACAUUUUAAAUCGGCUUCCUGCAAGAAAAAGAUUUUGGCACACAUGUCCAGAUAUAUAAUGUAUACCAGCUUGUACUAUUCUGAUAUUUUUAUCUAAACAAUAAAAUUCGUACUUAAUUUAGUCUUAUCACAAAGCACAGUAUACACAGAAAAAAAAUCACAGGAUUGAAUUUAGCAAGAAACUCAUCCAUAAUGUAUUUUGUAUUAUGGAAAGAGCAUUUAUAAAUAUUAGAUCGUCACUUCAUGAGUAGUGCAUUCUUGUGAGGCAGUCAUGUAAACAAUGUUUUAUUAUGCAAAGUGUGUUACAGCUUUUUCUUGCGGCUAGAGGCAUUAUCUCAAGCAGUUUGUGGGUAGAAGAAGAUUCAGGUAUUUUGUUUUUAAGGCUUUGAAAAGAUAAUUGGGUUAUUUUUAAAAUGUGAUUUCUACGAUGUUUUUUUGUUUUUUUUUUUAAAGUCGCCAUGCAUAAUUACUGUAAAGAACAGAGAAAUUUUUAAAAAGUACAGGGUUUUCUCUUUUUUUUUAGGGGAAACAAAAAUCAAAACUGCUAAAUGCCUUUCCAGAGGUAUGGCUUUUGUGCUGUUGUUUUUGGACCAAGCAGGGCUUAUUUUCUGGCAGUUUUUAAAAAUGUUUUUUCCUACUAGUCUUUUUUCGAUUUGAGUUAGGAAGAAGUGGGAUUUGUGUGGCAAAUGAGCUAAAGUCAGUAUGUAGAAGCAUUCAACAUUUAGAAAAUGAGGGUCCUAAGACAAAUAAAGCUAAGUAGAGGGGUUUUUUUGGUGGGGCAGAGGCGUAGGAUGGGUUCUAUUUGAUAUUAAAGUUUAUGAUCGCGAAAGUUUUGGUACUUACCUUCCUUCUUGUAUUAAGUUGCAGAAAGAACGAAAGAUAAAUUUAGUAUUGUAGUUUUUACAAUUUAGCAACAUUUUUACUUUUAGAACUGUGGUGUUUGUGUAUGACAUAUUACUAACCAUUUUAGGGUGUUUAUCCUUCCAAAUUAAAUGGUUGUGGUAGUCAACAUAAAACUGGAGGGUUUUUUUUUUAUCUUAAAUAUCUCAUCAGUAUGUAUCAUUUAUCAUUUGAUUCCAUCUUCCUAACUGUUAGUGCGUUGACUUGUAAAGUUUAAAAAAACUUUUUUUUCAUGCUGUCAUUACACAUAGGGGAUCAUAAGGAACAUGGCCAUUCUACUUGUUGGUGGAUUUUUUAAAAAUUGUUUUCCUACUAGAUCAGCUGUUUAUGAUCUUUAUGUGUGAACAGCUUUCUAACUUGCAAAUGUGGGAGAUUAGCCAGAAACUAGAUUUUAAAAACUGUAAACUUUAAAAUAAUCAGAACAUCAUUCAUGGCCCUAGCAACAAGUGUACUUAACAGAAUGAACAUCUUGCCAGAAGCUUAUUUGCAGGAGAGGAAAGGUUGGUGUCGGCAUGAUUGUUUGUACAAUAAAUGGGAUUUUUUUUUUUUCAAAUUUGUAUUCAAAAAGUUUCAUUUAAAAGAUGUUGAUUGCUUAAUCAGUUGAUGUAUAUACAUAAUUGUGAUAAUGAUGGCCUUUUUUCCCCUUCAGUUUUCUUGUGCUUUUUUUUUUUCAAGUAGUGACAGCAGUUUCAGGUAUAAUAGUGGUCACAUUUUCCCACCUUGUAAUGCUUCAGGACUGUUUGUUACUCAUUGUUCUCCCAGGUCCUUCCACAAUCUGUCCUACAGAGUUGUUGUCUGUUUAGAAGUGUUUGCAUGGCAUCUGUCAGUUGUAAAAAAAUUUUGAUGGCCUAAUGUUUUGUUUUGUUUUUUCCCACCUCAUUUCAUGCUAAGCUUUUUGGUAACAUUUGAUAAGCACAACAGAAUACGCUGCAGAAAGGCAUUUUAAUCAUGAACAUCACACAUGGGUUUUUUUUUUUCCCUUUCUCUCUCUCAGGAUUCGAACAUCUAUCUAUCUUCAGCAUUGCUUUGUACCCAAUAAAGUGUCUUUCAUGUGAGGAGUAUUUUUACCUGGUGGGGUUUCUUCUAUAUUUAUAUUUAACAUCACAUUUCUUGUUUGCUGCUGCAUUUAUAGACAUAUAGACUAGAUGUAACACUGGCUGCUCUUCAACAUCAGGUUUCUAAGCACAUAUUCAGUUGGAUGGUAAGAGGAAGUAGGAUGUAUUAUCCAAGCUUGCUGGUGAGGUAAGAAGGUUUUUGCUUAACAGCUUUUUCCCUGUUGUUGUAGGAUGUAUUUAAGUGUAUGUAUAUUGUGCCACCUAAUGUACUAUUCAUAUUUAAUAAGCAAUCACCAUUGUAAUGAAUUAUGUAUGUAAUUUUGCUUCUCUUCCUAGGGUUACAAAUAACAAAAUUAGUCCUUAAAAAAAUUAGUAUUGAACAAAACAAAUCUCAUGAUGUGAUGCCCCAAACAUUCCAACAAAUUCUGUGUCGCCCUGAUUGUAUUGGAUACCAAAGUCAAAGGUUUGGGGUUGGGGUGGGGGUAAUUCAAAACUGCCACAAAGGAAAAUUUAUACCCAUUCAGGACAAAAUGGUGAUCAGACCUGGUUGCCUUUACAAUCAGUGGAUAUUCAGGAGUCAACCCUGGGGAAGGGGCUGCUAUUUUUAUUUAGUUUACUAAGAGCAUAUACUGAACACAUUUUUACAUGUAUAGCUUAGUGAGUGUGGAAAUGGCCCAUAGGCAUAUUGAUGUAUUCGUGUUUUUACAUGCAUAACACUUGCCGUGUGAUUUCAUCCUUUUAAUUCUGUGAAUCGCUGGUCUUGUGUGUUUUUGUGACGUUCAUUUGGAAUUCUUCCAUUCUGUUCUGUAUCAUCUGCCAUUAGUUUUUCCUGAGCCAAUAAAAGCCAUUUCCACCAA